AAGUUUCCACCAGCGACAGAGCAACAGCUUUCACUCUUCGCUUCAUAUAAAAACAAUGUGCUUUUCUCUGUAAUUCAAAGUCUUCUUCAAGGAAACUCCAAGUCUUAAACUCACAGACAUUUACCUUCCUCCUGAUGGGGAAAUGAAAAUCAGACCAGUUCCCAAAACAAUGAGCAGUAAAUCAUUUAUUUAAAUUCUAGUAAGUCAUAUUAAGAGUUGAUGUGAGCAAAUCUCUAAAUCCAACAAUCCAAGGAACACGACAUCAUGGAAAACGACACCUUAAAGUUUUUGCCUUUCCAGCGCUACCUCUUCACGCCGGUGUACAGCCUGGUCUUGUUUUUUGGACUGAUAGGAAAUCUCGGAGCUUUGUACUACUUCAUCUUUAAAAUCAAACAGAAAUCUCCAUCAAACAUAUACAUCAUUAACCUGGCGGUGGCCGACACGCUUUUCCUUUUCGCCUUGCCGUUUCGCAUCCACUAUCAUCUGACCGACAGCAACUGGAUAUUUGGCGUCGCCAUGUGUCGCAUCACCGGCACGGUCUUCUUCGCCAACAUCUACAUCAGCAUCACCUUCAUGACCUGCAUCUGUGUGGACCGCUACAUCGCCACCGUCCACCCUCACACCUACCUGAGGCUCCGCAACACCAGUGUCCCCGCACUGGUGAGCGCUGCCGUGUGGUUGGUCUCUGGGACGGCCAUUUUGGCCUUCAUGCUAACGUGCCCAUUGUCAUCUACAGAGAACAUGUGCUUUGAGGGCUUCACUUCAGAAGACUGGGACGACUUGGCACCCUACAGCAUAUGCAGUCUCAUUUUUGGGUCCCUUGUGCCUUCUGUGGUUAUCCUGGUGUGUUACCCCAUCGUGGCCCGCCGCAUCGCCCGGAUCAACAACUCCACCGCCCGCGGGGCACAGAGGGUCAUCUACGCCAUCCUGGCCAUCACCGUUCUGUGUUUCCUGCCUUAUCAUGUCAUGCAUCUAGUGUACCUCCUGUCCCGCUUGAGACAUGACAAACAUAAUGACUGCAUAUUCGUCCUCCGUAGGGUGACCAUGGCUCUGGUCAGUCUAAACAGCCUCCUGGACCCGAUAUUGUACUACUUUGCAACCGGACACUACAAGUGGACGUUCAAAAGGCUGAGACUGAGGAAGAAAAAGGGCGUUUAUUCCAUUUCCAAGGGGUUUUAAGCUUCUGAAGGCUUCAUUGUGACUGAGGCUAUUUGUUUUAAGGGCAAGACAAGGUGACUAAUGUGACUUGAUGUAACUGGAGUCAGGUUUUGUACUGAUACAAUGCAAAAACAAACAAUGACUGUAUUUUUUUAUUAUAUAACAGCAAAAUAACUGAUAAAU